AUGUAUUCCCGAAUUAUUCUAAUCCUUCUUCUAGUAGUAUUCCUCACGGUCUCCGGCCAAUGGGGAGGUUACGGUGGAUAUGGGGGCCGUGGGCCAUGGGGCCGUUAUGGUGGAUAUGGUGGAAGAUGGGGGCCGUAUGGUGGUGGAUAUGGUGGAUAUGGACAACCUGGGCUAAUUGGAACUGCGAUUAUUGAGACUGAAGAGAUUCUAGGAUGA